GUUGAAAGCAUCAUAGAGGGGGUGUGUGGAACAAACUUGUAAGCCUGAGUGCUUUUUUUAAGUAGCAGGCAACAGUUUCUUUGGAACUGGAAGACAUCUUCCUUUCCUCAGUUUAUCAGUUCUUUGAUCUCUGAUCAAUAUCAUAUCACAUCUUAUUCCCCAAUAUUUAGACUGAUUUGGGGUGGUUUGAUGAGCCGUUGUAUUUGAUUUACUGAACAAGUUUGGACAUAAGAGGAAAGAAAUUUGAAUAUUGGUUGCCAUAAAUCUUGUCAUAUCAAUUGAAAUUUUGCCUUCAAACCCUCUAAAGAAAGAGGGUUGAACUUAUCUUUGGAAAAUGUUCAGAAUAUUAGCUUUACUUGUGCUGCUCCAGCCAGCAAUCGUCCUCUGUCAGGUAUGCGCUACAGGCUGGACGCUAUCUGGGGAUAACUGCUUCAAACUCACACCAGACAACAAAAACUGGCAUGAAGCUCAGAUCUCAUGUGAGAACGAUGGAGGCACCUUGGCUAUGCCAAAAACACAGGAUAUCAAUGAUAUCUUGACUCAGAUGAUCAAUGCUAACUCCGGUAAUAGUCAUUGGAUUGGUGUGCAUGAUGUCAGUACAGAAGGAGACUUUGUCUUCGUAGACAACAGCCCUAUCCCAAACCCGUUUUGGAACGCAGGGGAACCUAACAACUAUGGGGGAGGAGAGGAUUGCACGACGAUCAUUACUGUAGGGCUCUGGAACGACGAGGAUUGCUACGCGACACGUCCAUUCAUCUGUCAAAGAGAUAACGAUGUGAUCGUGAAAUGCGAUGAAGGUAACGGCUGGAUGUCUGCGGCCAGUCGCUGCUACAAGUUCUACGACAUCCCUAGUACAUGGCAGGAUGCCCAGAAGUACUGCGAGGGCGGCGAUGGAAAUCUCAUUUCAGUCACGUCCGAGGAAGAACAGACAGUGGUCUCGACGCAAGCUAACUUUGGAGGAUCUACUCUCUGGAUUGGGUUGAGAAUGAACUCUGGUACAUACGCAUGGAGUAGUGGACAGGAUUUGGGAUACACAAACUGGGGACCUAAUCAGCCCGACAGUAGGUAUGACUCAAGUGGUGGUAAUUGUGUAGAGGUUCUGGAUACAUCUAAUAAUGGAGAAUGGUCUACUAUGACUUGUUCAGCAACUCAAAGUUUUAUGUGUGAAAGAGCAGAGGGAACCUGUCCUGAAGGAUGGCGUUUGUUCCGUGGAUACUGCUACCAGUUCAACUCUGCCACCAAGCAGACAUGGACCGAUGCCAAGCAUACCUGUGAGGCUCAAGGAGCCUUUAUGACCUCUGUCCUCUCGGAUGUGGAGAACAAGUACAUCAGAGAUUAUUUCCUGGACUUGGAGAACCUUGGCAUAUCAUCCACGUGGAUUGGCAUUUCUGACACUGAGAAUGAUGGAUCAUUUGCGUGGAGUGAGGGCAGCUCAGUAGGCUACACUAACUGGAUGAGACCCGAUGAGCCUACCGAUAACCCUGCUACCUCUGACUGUGGAUCUAUGAUGACAGCUGGAGGGGAUGGGAGCUGGUCAACCAAAAACUGUUUCACUUUAGAAGCCUUUGUCUGCAAAGUCAGAGCAAGUCAACCCAUCUUCCCCCUUGAUCCCAAUAUCCCGAUUGGUUCUUGUGAGGCUGGCUGGACCCUGAACAGAGACCACUGCUACAAGACUGUUGGUAACGCAGCUUAUUUUGAUGACGCUGAGGCUGACUGUGUACAGAUGGGAGCACAUCUGACCAGUAUCAAUGACCAAGAGGAACAGUCUUUCCUCUCUAUGCGUGCUAGCAUGGCUGAGCGAAAUCUGUACAUUGGUUUCUUUGACUUGAACAGUGAGGACAACUUUGAAUGGACUGAUGGCUCUCCCGUAACCUUUAGCAACUGGGGUCCAAACCAACCUAAUGACUGGAGCGACGAUGGUCAGGAUUGUACCAUCAUCAAAUAUGCGGAUGAUGAAGAGGGUAUCUGGGAUGAUAUCAACUGUGUCAAGACGCGCACUGCUUACGUCUGUAAAAAGCCUAAAAUACCUGGACAAAGUCAGCCUCCGCCAGCUGUCCCAACGCCCGUGUUUGAUCCUCGAUGCGGAAACGGCUGGGAAUACGACCCCCUCUCAGGGAACUGCUACCUCUUCAAGACCACUGAUUACAGGACCUGGGAUGACGCAAGGAUGCAGUGUAAACUCGGUGGAGGAGAACUGCUCAGCAUUUUAGACUCAACGGAACAGACUUAUAUCAAUGCUCGUCUUGUGUAUGUGACUCAAUCCAGUCUGUGGAUAGGAGCCAAUGAUCUAUCAUUGGAAGGAGGAUGGCAGUGGAGUGAUGGCAGUGGCUUUGCAUAUCUCAACUGGGGUCCUGAUGAGCCCAAUAAUUACGACCCUGGAGAGCAUUGUACACAGAUCUAUUAUGCUACUGGCACAUGGAACGACUUCUUCUGCGACAGGGAGAUUGGCUACAUCUGUAAAAAGAAUGGCUAUCUGACCACACACUAUAACGUGGUUUCCAACUCGUACCUCGAUGGCAAUGAUGUCAUCAUCCUCCAGAACAUGUACCCAGAAGACUGCGCUCAGACUUGCAUCACUAUGACUGACUUCAACUGUCUCUCAUUUGAUUACCAUCGUGACACCAUGGAGUGUGCUCUCAGUGACAUGACCAAGGACAUGGGUUCAAUGCUUAGAGGAAGCAGCAACAGUGAUUAUUAUCAACGAUUAACUGACGUUGUAGACCCAGCACCGACCACCAUCCCACCUGGUUACCGAUGCCGCAACGGCUGGGCAUCCUAUGGUGAUAACUGCUACUACGUCCAGAUAUCCACAGGCAACUACAACCAGGCCUUGUCUCAAUGUAGAGCUCUUGGUGCAGAACUGGUCUCAAUCCAUGAUGCCAAUGAGAACAGCUUCGUCCAGUCACUCUAUGCCUCAGCUGGUAUCAACAGUGCUGUAUGGCUUGGAAUCAAUGACCUCAGGGUUCAGAUGUUGUUUGAAUGGAGUGAUGGUACCCCUGUAGAUUACACCUUCUGGAACACUGGAGAGCCCAAUAACUAUCAAGGCAACAAUGAAGACUGCGUUGAGAUGUUCAACAAUGGAGCUUGGAAUGACAUCGCCUGUGCCAGUACCAUCCCAUCCAUAUGCAAGCUGAAGAAGGAAAAUCUGCCACCUACAGACCAACCAAUCACACCUUCAGGAUGCAACCUGGGAGAGGUAGCUUAUGGAGGAUCUUGUUACAUGGCGGUGACCACGCCGAUGUCAUUUGCUGAUGCACAGAAUGAUUGUUCUACUAAGGGAGCAAACUUGGUGUCCAUCGCUGACAGGUUUGAGCAGUCUGUCAUAUCCAGUCUUCUAGGCCUUCAAGAUGGCACCCUAUUCUGGAUUGGAUUGAGUGAUACACAGAACUAUGGGGAGUAUGCAUGGAGUGACAUGACUGCCAUCACCUUCACCCAUUGGGAUGUAGGACAACCAGAUGAUUCUGGUGGCUACUGCGUGGCUUCAACAUCAGGCAGCACUGCUGGCCUGUGGAGAAACAUCCAGUGCGACACCGAGGCCAAAUACGUGUGUGAGAAGGUUAGGGCUGGUUUCACGCCCCGCCCAACUGUACCUGCUCCUGGACCCCCAACGGUACCCAGCGAUGAUGGUUGCUACUAUGACUGGGUUGGCUACGGAGGCUGGUGCUUCAAGAUUGAGACCGCUGAAGACGUUAGCCAGGAUGCAGAUAAGAUCAAGCGUAGCUGGGGCACAGCUCGUGAUGCCUGUGUGUCUGAUGGAGCUGAACUCGCCAGUUUCCAUGACCCUGAUGAAGAAGCCUACAUCAAGUCUAAAAUCCCAAUGCCUGAUGAUGGUUACUGGAUCGGUCUUCAUGAUAGAUCCGUAGAAACUGGUUUUGAGUGGAGUGACAGGACACCAGUAGAUUACACCAAUUGGUGGGAGGGUGAACCUAACAAUGCUGGUAAUCUAGGAGAGGAUUGCGUGGAGAUGUUUGGUGGCCAGCGAAACUGGAAUGACAAAGAGUGCUCCAGUCUUAGAAACUGGGUCUGCAAGAUUGCUAAAGGUGUUAGGCCUAAAUCUACCCUGGGACCAUCAACAGUAACACCAUGGCCCCAGUGUCCCACAGACCCAGACUGGGUCCUGUUCCAGAGCUAUUGCUACUUCUUCAGCGGUGGUCUGACUGGCUCUGAUGCCAGGAUGGGCUGGGGCGAUGCCAACUCGUACUGUAUGGAACGUGGUGGUUACUUGGUCUCCCUGCAUUCUACCAAUGAAAACAACUUCCUUCAAUCUAUGCUCACCAGGUAUGCAGACAGUAAUGACUGGAUUGGUCUAAGAACUUACGGCACUGGAUUUUAUCAGUGGUCUGAUAGCUCUCCUCUUGAUUUCCAAGCCUGGAACGUCAAUGAACCUAAUGAUGCUAAUGGUGAAGAGGAAUGUGCUGAGUUCUACCAAGAUGGAUCGUGGAAUGAUUUGAACUGCGGAGACAAGCUAACCUUUGUCUGCAAGAAGGCUGUGUCGUCAAUUAUGCCUGUGACCCAUGCACCUACCCCAGUCCCAGAUGGUAACUGCCCAUCAGGAACCAUGCGCUUUGACAACAUGUGCUACCGUAUGAUCGGUGCAAACUCUGCCGACCGAAACACGUGGUAUAAUGCCAGGGACAUCUGCAGGAAUUCUUACAAUGGAGAUUUGGCAACAAUUCACAGCCAGGCUCUGCAGUCAUUCUUCACCACUCAAAUGAAGGAGAUUGACUACCAGAUGUACAUUGGAUUAAGUGACUCUCUCAACAAUGGCCAAUUCAGGUGGACUGAUGGCACAUCUGUAGAUUUUACAAACUGGAAUGUAGAUGAGCCUAAUGAUCAUAAUGGUGAUGAAGACUGUGUUGAAAUGGUAGAGACUCCUGAGCGUGCUGGAAAAUGGAAUGACCAGUCCUGUAAUGAUUACAAUGCUUUCAUCUGCCAGUCAUCACUCGACCUCAACGCAGCUGUACCGCCCUCGCCACCAAGCUCUUGCCGCAACGGUUUCUCCCAGUAUGGAGACAGCUGCUUCAAGGUUGUUCCCAGGGUGAUGUCUUACUCCGAUGCAAUCCAGUCCUGUCGCAACGAGGGAUCAGACACCAACCUGGCCAGCAUCAUAGACGUCUAUGAGAAUGCCUUUGCAGAAACCAUGCUGCAUUACAAUGGAGAUGUCAUGCUUUGGCUGGGUCUCCUAGAUGAUAAGGCAAGUGGUCAGUACAAGUGGGUGGACAGUCACCCUGUGUGGUUUACCAACUGGGCUCAGGGUGAACCAAGCCAGGGUGGUGGUGAAGGAUGUACAGCCAUCGGUCUAGGUGGCUGGGAUGACCACUCCUGCACUGAUCAGCUAGGAGCUCUCUGUAAAUACAGCUUAGUACCCAUCCCCACCAACCACCCUGAUGUCCCAGGGACUUGCCCAGACUCCUGGGUCUCCUAUGGCUCCAACUGUUACCUCUUCUCCACCGCUGCGACAGAGAGGUUAUCGUGGCCUUCAGCCGAGUACAUCUGCAGGCAGGGGGGAGGUCAUAUGGCCAGUAUACACUCCAAGCAGGAGAAUGAGUGGAUCAGGAGUAGGCUGGUCCAGGAGUUGACUGAUGUCUGGAUCGGAUUCGAGGCCACUCCAUCAACUGCCUUUGCCUGGACUGAUGACACACCGGUGGACUACACCAACUGGAACCCCGGUGAACCCAACUCAAACUUCCUUGGUGAUGAGGACUGUGCAGAGAUGUACCUAGAGACCGGGAAAUGGAAUGACUUGGACUGUCUUUCACUUCAAGGAUACGUCUGCAAAACACCCAAAACCCCUCUGUCAGGCCAGCCUACACAAGGCCCUCCCAAGACCCUAGCUCCAGGCCAAACAACCAAAGCCCAAGGACCAGGGGGCAAUACAAUAGACACUCCUACAAACAGUGCUCCGAUUUCUAGUGGUGUUUCAACUGGUGCCAUCGCUGGUAUUGUCAUUGCUGCUGUCCUCAUAAUCUGUGUCACCGGACUUCUGGUGUUCUUCUUGUAUUCAUCGAAGAACAAGGCUCCUAUGAAAACUCCAGAAAUCCCGUCCAGCACAGGCUUUGAGAAUGUGGUUUACAAUGAGAAAGAUGGUACCAAGCUUUCAGCAUUUGAAACCAAUGCAUAAUGUUUUUUUGAUAGUAUUUAUAUAGUUGUGAUGUAGCUGUAAUUCAUAGUGAAGCUGAUUGAAUGUUAGCUCAAAGUAGAUAUAAAAACCAAAUGUUCUCAUUGUCACGAUUCUCUUUUAUUCUUAGCUCUAAAUCAGUUUAUGUCCAAGUACAAGUUUAAGUACUUGCAGAGUGAUACUCUAAAAUGACUAUGGAAAUUACAACUAAAGUCAUAUUCCUCUCAUAUGUGUAUUACUUGCAUUUAAACUCAUUUUUUAGUAAAUUAAUUUUCUAUUACAUGUCUCGUUCUAGGCAACCUUCUUUUUCUAUGAAAAAACCCAACUCUAUCACAGAAUACAAUGCAAAAAUUUACAUAUGCAUGAUAAUGUCACAAAACUGUGUAAGUUACUACCAGUGUACACCCCCUCCCCCUUCAAUUUCUCAUAUUCGUUUGCCUGUUGUUGGAAAUUAUGCUUUUUCUAAGGGCAUUUCACAUAAUAUACUCUACCUCUGUAUUUCAUGAUGUGAAUGGACUUAUGCCCCUCUAUGCUUUUACGUGUACACUUUCUGUAUUUAAAACAGAAUUGAAUAUAACUUUAAUAAUGAUAAUUUUGAUUAAAGAACAGAAUAUCAGAGGGUCAGAGUCUUUGUAU